AUGACCAUCCACGACCGCGUCCGCGCCGCUUGCAACGCGCAAGCCGCCGCCGCCGCCGCCGCCGCCGCCGGAGCAGCAGCAGGCGCGACCCUCUCCGCCACUGCUGCUGGUCCUUCCGAUCCGUCCGCUGCUGCUCCGCCUGCCGCUGCUCCGCCUUCCGCCUCCCCCGCCAACCUGCCCUCCGCCGUACCCCAGUCGUCCACCCCCUCUCGCUGUCGCACGCUAAUCUUCGACUCGGGGCACGACGGGUUCGGCGACACGGUGUUCGGAGUCGCGUCGACGUUCGUCGCAGCGCUCUUAGACGAUCGCGCGUUCCUCAUGCGCCAAGAGUGGUUACAGUUCGCCUUCGAGCCCGCGACCUUCGACUGGCGCGACACGCGCGAUAUCCCCCUGACGGAACCGUCGCCGCAAAUUAUGGACGAGAAUACCCCCCCAGAUGCGCCGUACGCGCGACUGAGCCUGUACAACAGGAACGUUACGGAUCCCGAGGCGCUGUUCGGGAAGCUGAGUGGGAUAGCGCACAUCGGGCUGGUGUGGAACCGUGGGAUUCUGUUCAAUCUGCUGACCAAGGGAAAAGGCGCGUGGGCGGAUAAGUUCACAAGCAUCGGCGUGACCCCUCCGUACGCCUUCGCCUGCGCCAUACGCUUCCUGCUCCGACCUAAGCCGGAGGUAUGGCAGCUGAUGAGGGGCAUAAGCCAGCAGGUGCACGUACCAAACAGCAUCAGCAUUGGCAUCCACAUCCGUGUGCGAGACGGCAUAGCCUGGGAGGAUGUGUGGCAUGAUGGCGUUCCCAAGGUGCUCAACGGGACUGUAGUCGAGGAACUCUAUAACGAGAACAAGCAGGCGUUUGAGUGCGCACAGGUGAGGAGGGAAUGGGGUUAUGAGAGGAGGGAAGAGGGAGGGGAUGACGAAGGGGAGAAGGAGGAUUUAGAAGGAGAAAGCAGUGAGGGCAUGGGACUUUUGAGAAGUAAUUCUUCCCAGGCUUCCUUCCGUAUGCUGGGUCUCCCCUACGCUUCACUCAACGUAUCAUCUCGCAUCUCCACCGCUCUCCCCCCACCCACCCCCCCCACCUCCCUUCCCCCCCUCCCAACUUCCCUCCCUCCCCCCCUCCCUCCCCCCCUCCCUCGCCCCCUCUCUCCCACCGUCUUGACUCCCAAUUCAACCCCCUUGUGUCCCCUCCAGAUCGUGACCACCGAGUUUAUCCCCCGCCACGUGGCCAUCAGCAAGGAACCCAACUCCACUGCACAUACUGCCCCCCCUGCAUGGUACCAGGAGACAGUCGCUGAAUGGCUGCUCCUCGCCUCCACCCACCUCCUCAUUAUCCCAGCGGAGUCAGGCUUUUCCCGCUCUGCUGUCAUGUAUUCCAUGCGUCCGGGGGGGGUGUACAUGCCACACAAGUGCCGCCCUGAUGCUCCUGUUCCUGUCGGGGACCUAGCGGUGGUUGGGUGCGGGGUGUGA